CGGGGCUGCGGAAACCGAAAGGGCUGUGCUGCGGGCGUCGCGCCUGGGCUGCUUCACCUUCACCUGUGCGAGCCCGACCUGACCCAGGUGCGAAGCCAGACGGGCAGUGCGACAUGAAUGGAAGAGUGGAUUGCUCGAUUACUGAGGAGGAGAUCAACCUCACCAGAGGCCCCUCAGGGCUGGGCUUCAACAUCGUCGGUGGGACAGAUCAGCAGUAUGUCUCCAACGACAGUGGCAUCUACGUCAGCCGCAUCAAAGAAAAUGGGGCUGCGGCCCUGGAUGGGCGGCUCCAGGAGGGUGAUAAGAUCCUCUCGGUAAAUGGCCAAGACCUAAAGAACCUGCUACAUCAGGAUGCUGUAAACCUCUUUCGUAAUGCAGGCUACGCUGUGUCCCUCAGAGUGCAACACAGGUCACAGGUGCAGAAUGGGCCGAUAGGGCAUCGAGGUGAGGGAGAGCCCAGUGGUGUUCCCAUAGCUGCGGUGCUGGUGCCAGUGUUUGCCUUCACCAUGGUACUAGCCUGGGCCUUCAUGAGAUACCGGCAUCACCUUUGAAAAGUUCACGUUCUUCCAGUGCUCCUGAUGAAGAUACAUUUCUCUCUUCUCUCAUCCUCCUUCCCUACCAUUCUCCCAUCUUUCCCUCUCUCUGCAAAGCCUACACAUGGUUUAAAAGAGACUGCUACCCAACCAGAAACUUGCUGUUGAAAAUUUUCAAAUCUUCGUACUCUAAUGGGAGAGUAAAGUCCGUGUUUGAAGGAAAGCUGAAGACAAGACUUGCUUAGAACAAAUUAUGUAUUUUACUAGCACCACCAAUGGAAGUUAAGCUGCAACCCAAAGAAGGAAAGAUCCAGUCUUUUCAUUCCCAUGGGUAAUACCUCUUUUCUAACUGGCAUGCCUCAGAGACCAGAAAAGACCAGAGAGGAUUUUUCUUUUUAAGAUCUUCCUUGGGAAGUUCCUGUGGCCUUUAUUUAGUUUCAAACCACAUACUUGGGUGCCUAUAUUAAACAAAAGAGAAUAAAGAAAGCAUUUUUACUUUUUUUAAAAAUGCAAAUAUAUGUAUGACAUAUACCUACGUGUACACACACACAUGCAGACAUGGUUGUGUAACGGUGAUGCCUUAUAUAGGUGGAAAGCUAUUUUGCGGUUUCUAAUGCAGGGAAUAAUCUUUAUUGAAUCUGAGAGGGAGAGUGAGCUUUAAAUGAGGAAGCCCAAUCUGAGUCAUUAAAAAAGAAAAGAACACUGUAACAACUAAUUAAAAAUUUUAGAAUAAUUUUUUUUUCUCAUAUUAGCUGUGAUGAAGUUGAGGUAAAAUACCAUAAUCUAGCUUUGCACAAAUCAACCUGUUGAAAAAUCUUACAAAUCUGGGAACUAUCCUAGUGACUUUUUGGGAACCUUACAGCCCUGUUAAAGGAUCUCCUGGAAUGACUGUAUCAGAGUUGCAUUGAUGGUGCCAAACCAACCCAGUGAGAAAAUUCUAGAAAGAAAAAACAGUGCCUCCCUGGUGGCCUCUGAACGCUGGCUGUCACCAGUCUUUUUGGUUUCUAAGAGCGGGCAGAUUCUGAGAGAACAAAUUGCUUCCCUGCAGGAUGGGCAUGAAAUCAGUUCUGCUUCUGGUUUGGUUGGGAGGGUUUGGAUUGCUAGUUGUUUUUUUCUUUUGCUUUUAAUUUGUUGUUGAAAGGCUUUAAGUACUGGUUAUGGCUUCUAAUGAAUAAGUCAUUUUGCUUGAGAGGGAAAGAGGAGGGUUUUGUUUGUUUCUGAGGUAGGGAAUUUUGAUGGACUUUUCAUGGGGAAACCUUGAAAGAAGGAUGUGGAUGAAUGGGCAGUAAGACAGUAACAAGGAGGGAAGCCUCCUGCUUAGGUAGCAUUGAAGGGUGAUUUUAAAACACUAAGAAGAGAGAACUGAGCCUGACUUUUUGGCUUUAAGGAAAGUUUUCUAUCCUCCAAAUAUACAAGCCAGAUUGUGAGGACUUUCUCUCAGGCAACCAGUUAUGUCCAGUUUUUAGUAUGGAUAAUUUAGAAUUUUUCAGAUGUUGAUCACAUAUCAGCUUCGUUAAGACACUUUCUACAAAGACGCGAAAUACAUAGCCUCCACCCCAAAAAGUUUUUUUUUAGUUCCAUUUGGAAAGAGAACACACAUGCAUAUAAAAAUGACAUUAGUCCAUAGGCAAGGCAUUGUAAGUUGGUAUCAAGUUUAUGUUGCAGACAGCAAAAGGAAACGGUUACUGAGAAUUGAGGGACUUGAGACAGUUGCAUGGAAGAAAGGGACAAGAUAAGGAUCCUUGAGGAAAUUACAGUCUAGUUAAAUGAUCUCAUAAAUAGUUGAGAAGUUAAAAAGUAAUUAACAGUUGAAAACAAUAAAAGAAAUGAUAUUGUUCCUAACACAACGCAAUUACAAAGAUGUCAGACAACCAUCAUUUUUUAUUUUGGCAUUUAGAAGAAGAAAGCUGACCCCUAAUGGCAUCAGGCCAGAGUAGAGAGGGAAGGCUUUUGAAAAUAAAAACCCUGGUAAGACUGUCCCUCUGGGAUCAACUAUUAGUAUAGGGAGCAACGUACUUUAAAUAACCGUGGUAAGACUUCAUGGUUUUAGACCUGAACUCUUCAGCACCUUUGAGAUUCACUUAGACAACUGCAUUUGUAGGUUACACAGAGAAACACUGACAGUAUUCCAGUUCUCACCUCCACUGGCCCCACUGUAGAGCACAACCUCUGGCGCCUUCCGUGUCUGGUGGCGCAUGCAGCAGCUUCUACAGUGGACCUGCUUACCUCCUGGACUUCAUCUCAGGCUUUAGACACUCACUCCUGAGAGGACCUUGACACGUACAAAAUGAAGUAAAUGGCAAGCAGGGAGGAAACUAGUUUUUUGUUUGUUAUAUGUAAAUAAAAAGAACACCUAUCCCAUUGUUGGUAGAAGUUUUGCUUUGACUGCUAAUAGGGAUUUUCAUGCACUUUAAUAUUUCAGCUUGUCUCGAUUUAAAUAGCAUUUAUAGAUCAAUAUAUUAAUUUUUAGUUAGAUAUGCUGUUAUUUAGGCAGAUAUGUCUUAUUUCUGGUUCUCUAUAAAAGUAAAUUAUUAUAGAGGCGGUAUCAGUCUAUUGUAGGUCAUUAAGAAACACAUCCUCUUUCCAGAUUAACUCUAGUAUUCCUUUUCAAAAUUGAGGCAAAGUAUUUUUGAGAUCAUAUAUUUAAAACACCUCUCUAUGUAUCAUUCUAUCUUGUACAUUAAUUCUAAUAAGAUUGUUUGCUUUGGUGUGUCUAUUUUUUUCCUGCCAACUAUUAGUGUGUGCUGUUGAUUUAACUUAACUAUCCCAGUUAGCCAUGUGCAAUGGAAAAAGCAAAUUAUUGUUUGUAUUCUGUAAUACUUGCAUUCUGUGCUAGGUUCUGUACUAAAUCGUGACUGGUGCAUUAUUUGUUUUUGACUCACAACUCUGAGAUCUAAGUAUUGUUAUAAAGACACCAAAAAAGAAAAGCAUAAAUUACUUCCUUGAGGUUACAUAGGUGGUAAUAAAGAAUCAGGAUUUAAACUCAGGACUUCAGGUGCCACCAUCAAUGAUCUUUCCUCACUGGCAGUGUUUCUCAAAGUGAGGUCUCUGGACAGUGUGAUUACCUAGGAACUUCUUAGGAAAACACGUUCUUUGGCUUCACCCAGACUUACAUUCGGUUUCUAAACCGACUAGGGCACCCAGCCAAUAUUUGUUUUAAUAAUCCUUCCCAGUGACUGAUUGUCACUAAAGUUUGAGAAUCAUUGCUCUUUGCCAAUACUUAAUCUCCUCAGGUUAGAAUCUCCUAAAGAGCUAAAAAAUUCUGCUGCCCAGGCUGUAUUUAGACCAAUUAAAUAGUAUCGCUGGGGGGAGCACUCAGUAGUAAAAUACAGUCCAUUGGUUGAUUUCAGUGUGCAGCUUUAGUAAAAAAUACAUUUAAACCUAGCAUUAACUGGUUAAAUUGCAUAAGACGUUUCUCCAUUCAAAAAUGAGGAAUUCUCUUAGGCAUAUUUAGUGUCCAACUGUCCUGAGUUGCCUCAAGUCUAGAUGUGGAAUAAGAUGUGAAACAUUCUUGGACUUCUUAUUUGCUCUGGCAGACCAACCUCCAGCAAAAUGUAUUAGUGAGUGUUUGAAAUUGCGAUCUAUUGAAAUAGAAACAAAUCAUAGAACACUAGAAUGAAAAGGGAACCAGAAAGUUUCCAGGAUGGAUCUGUCUUGAGAUGAGAAAAUGAAGGCUCAGGGAGGUGAGUAAUCCAGAUUGAUCAAAGACUUUGUUGCAGAGGUAUCCUUUCUCAUGUUUACGUCUUGAAUGUAUCCACUGCAUGAACAAACACAGAACUAUCCUUUUUAUCUCAGUCUGAUUCCAUCUUCACUGGGACUGAAUAAAAGAUUGUAAGAAUUGACUGAUAGCUGAGGAUAUUAUAGGCAUUGUGCAAAAUUGGAAGGUUUAACAGACAAAUCUAAGAUGUUCGUCUCAACCAGAUAAACAUCAGAGAUUAAUUCCAGUGGCUCUAGAAUAGAAACAUAUGCCUUUUGAUGUUGGACAUUAAUAAGUUAAAAUAUUUUAAGAAUGCCCACUGAUAGAGGAUUAGAUAAAGAAGAUAUGAUAUAUCCACACAAUGGCAUUCUAUUUAGCCCCUAAGGGAAAACCAAGAGUUGCCAUUUACAGCAAAAUGGAAGUUUGAAGGAAUUAUGUGUAGUAAAACAAGUCAGAAUGACAGAAAAAUAUUAGACUUUGAUAUGGUGGACUAUUCAACAAAGCAAAAUAAAUUUUUCAAAUAAAAGCUAUUUUGAUGCUAGGUCUCUGGGAAGAAAUAAAAAAGGUAUAGGGUCUAUCCUUUAAAAGCUCAUCUAGCAUGACAAUGUAAACCAAAGUAGAGGAUGCUAAAUAAUUACAUAAAUAAAAACACUUAAAGGAACACAAAGGAGAAAGCAAUAAAAAUAUUUAAAGAAAUGAAAUAAAGGAACAUUAGGCUGUCAUUGUGUGUGGGGUGGAGUUCAUGUUACAUGUGUUACAUGUGGAACCAAUAAAGAUUUUACUCUAAUCAAUUUUAGAUGGAAUUGAUCUUUGGACAGGUGAAGGUUUUUCCUUCAUUCAGCAGAUGAGUGGCUACUGUGCUAAAUGUUGAAGAUGCAAAAGACAAAGUCACUACACUGAAAUAGCUCAUUGUCUGUGACAGGAGGCAUGUUGAUUAUCUUGAUGUUAAGUAUUUUUCCUAAAAAAAUCUAGAAGUAGAAGGUUGAGUUAUGAAACUCUCUACCUCUCAUUUGUAAUAGUUUAGGGUUGGUUACUGUCCUGGGGUAAGCCCGUUUUGCUGUCUCUCUUUUAUCUGCAAAUCAUUUUGAGACCAGACCUCAAAUCCCCAAGUGUAAUUAUGAUCCAAAGGAAGACAGUUUUCUAAGGUAUUAUGUUCUGAUUGGAGCCAGACUUUUAACUGCCAUAGACUUUUGCCUGAUUCUGUUACAGACUACAGUGUACUUGGUCUACUUACCUGAUGCACUUGAUGUUAUUGUAAUAACCUGUAUUGUAAGAAAAUGGCUGUGUCUAAGGAAUCAAGUUAUGCAAAUGCUAAAGCCCUAUUUCUAAACAAUUUUACUCACUGGUGAUGUUAUCUUUCUUUUUUGCAGGGGGGAAAGGGAAGGGGAGAGGACUGAAAUUUGUUUUGAAAUGCAAGUCAAUCAUUACUAGGGUGAAUUAUAAAAGAACUUAGUCUUUACUGUAAUCAUUGCAUUUAUUGACCACUCAGGGAAAUGGGGUGAUCCUUCUUCCUAGUUUGCAGAUUUGCAAAUGGAUUCACAGAAUUGAAUCUCACUUUAAUUCUGUGUCUGCAGUGUUGAUUUGAACGAGUUUCUUAUUACUAAUAUAUGUACAUUUUGCACACAGGCUAUAUUAGCUCUUAUAAGAUAAUUUCCCUUAUAACCUUAUUUUGCUUCCCUUCUACUUUGAUCCCCAUGUUCCAUAGCGUGCUUGGAUCUAAAUGGCAAUCAGAUUAUCAGAUCAAAAAGAUGCCUUAACAACUUGGAAGAUGCAGAGACACAGCCGUAUCCUCCAAGGAAUAUCACGACACCGUUUAAAUGUGUUAAUGAGGGCAUCAAAAUAGAUGACAGUUGUUCCUUAGCUUUGCUGCUUGAUAACAGAUACAGCAAAUGGAGUAAUAAUGUACUUCACUGUGCCUGAUUCAGUAUUGUCAUUCAAUAAAAUUUGUUGGAUUUGUCCAUGAAUUUUUAUCUUUUUUC